UUGCUACCAGUAGCAAUCCAGUGCUGAGCCCACGCGCGUGUCACACAAUCGCCUCUUACGACGUGACAGUGACGAUUCCGAACAUUCUAACAUUUAGAAGAGUUAAGUGCAGUGAAACUUAAGUGAAGUAUUGUUAUCGGGAUGUUGAAACUUUUUGAUACAUCCACAUGCAUCCGAUCUCAAAAAUGAUUUGCACUUACAACUUCAGAUCGUGUCAAAGAUAAUCAUGGAUAUAGACGAGAAGGUAUCAGGUCCUGGCGGUGCGUCUCAGAAGAACUGGACGCACCUCAACACCAGCGAUGAGUUGCCCUUAGACAUGCGUUUCAAUCAUGGCCAUAUGGUCUCUAUUACCGUAUACAGUGUGCUGAUGAUGGUAUCAGCAACUGGCAACUUGACAGUGUUGUCGCAGCUUGUUAAGAGAAGAAGAGCUGGUAGAGCCAGCAGGCUGGAUGUCCUGCUGAUGCAUUUGGCUGUUGCCGACCUUAUGGUAACAUUCCUCAUGAUGCCACUGGAGAUCGCGUGGGCUGGCACCGUGCAGUGGCUUGCUGGAGACAUCAUGUGCCGCUUCAUGAUGUUUACUAGAACAUUUGGGCUGUACCUCUCCAGUUUCGUACUCAUAUGUAUCGCUAUUGAUAGAUACUAUGCCAUACUGAAACCUCUGAAUGUAACAUGGGAAGCUCGGGUGCGUCGGGCGCUACUCAUCGCCUGGGUAUGCGCAGGAUUAGCCAGCCUGCCACAAAGUUUUAUAUUCCAUUUAGAGGAACAUCCUGAUGUCAAAGGGUAUUACCAAUGUGUGACAUAUGGAUCUCUUCCAACAGAACGCCAUGAGUUUGCCUACUUCCUUCUUAACAUGGCACUCAUGUAUGUAGCUCCUCUGCUUUUUACUCUGUACUGCUCUUCAGCCGCCUUAUUGGAGAUCAUUCGCAGGGCUAACACAGCUAAUGAUAAAAUGCGACGCAGCGGUGUUGGCAUUCUUGGAAGAGCCAGAGCGCGUACACUUAAGAUGUCUGUUACAAUCGUACUUGUAUUCUUCACUUGUUGGUCGCCUUACUACUGCUAUUGCUUGUGGUAUUGGAUAGAUAAAGAUAUAGUAAACCACCUGGAUCCAGCAUUCCAGAAAGCCAUGUGGUUAUUUUCCUGUACAAAUUCGUGCGCUAACCCUAUUGUCUAUGGUGUGUUUAACAGAAACCGCUGGACUUGGCGAAGCGGCCCUCAUGCCCGUAAUCGAGGAGGUUGCAUGAGACGAGGUUCUAGAUUCCCUCACGGUGACUCCAUGGAAAUAUCUGCUGCUACCCUCGCCAGAGCCCGGUACUCACUACAUAGCGAUAGACAUAGUCGGCGAGAUUCCGCGCGGAGUUUUGUGAUACCAAACGGCUCCCAGAAACAUAUAAAUAACAAUGACCAGAUAAAUGGUGUUGUUUAAUGUUUAAACUAUAUACAUAGUGUAAAUAUACCAUUGAAAACUUAUGGCGUCUUGUAAACGCAGAACGCAUUCGUUUAAAAUGUUACGUAUUUUUUGUAAUGAAUUUCUGAAUUGAACUUUGCUUUUCAGAAACAGUUUAAGUACACCCUGUGUCGUUCUCGGCAAUUCAAAUUCGAAAUAUUAGAUGUUGGGGAGGUCGAGUAUGAACUUUUAGUAGGAAUAACCCUAAAAAUGGCCAAAUUAUUUGCGGAGAACUUCAUUACGAAACAAAGCAACCAAUUAACGUGUACUAAGUAAGCAUGCUUUAGUCAGUAAUAUAAAAUAUAAAUUAUUGUAAAUAGAUAGACUUUACACACUUCAAACAUUAAUGUAAAUCAACACUAUGAUUUGAGAGCUUUAAAGUAUAUGUUGUGGAACAAGUCUCUGAUAAAUAUAUUGUAAGUUUCGUGUAUAUAUGUUAUACCAAUGUGCCUUUUUAGUGAAUUCAAAGGCCUCUAUGUAUAUAAACGAAUAUUGAGAAUAAUGUAACAGAUUCAUUCCUGUUACUUUUUUUAUUUACAGCCGUACUUAGCGUCAUUAAUUAUGAUUAAAUCAGUUAAGUCGAUAUUGAACCAAGAGUUUCAAUACCACAAGACAGGUUUCUUAGUAAUUUAAACAGACUAUAUACAAAAAUAAUAAUAAAUUUUAAUAAUCACCAUAGAUACUAGAAGCUAGACAUUUAUUUAUUUUAUUUAUUUAUUCACACUUCGUUGCAAUAACAAUAUAAAUAAAAGUGUUCAUUCAUAUAUUCAUAAAAAUUAUAAGGGAUGAAACUGGCGGCCUUAUCGCUAAUAAGCGAUUUCUUCCAGGCAACCCUAAGACAUUUUUCACUAUGAUUAGCUUUGGUUUUAACUUUUGUAGCUGUACCUAUAAUUUUUAAUCAGCCGAUUUAAAGAUAACUUAUUUAAGCGCUAAGUACGGCUGACAUGUUGAGUCUAUGGUUUGUUGAAUACAUCUUAUCUACACUAAUUACAACUAUUACUUAAUACUCAAUACAUUCCUAUAAAAUGAGAUAUAUUUUUAUGUAACAGACUGACAAAGUUCCAAGAGAGUGGAAAGUGGUUAUUAAGUAUAACUGUUAGUCAAGUUUAUUUAAGUUAAGUAACUAUGUUAUUAUCGGCUGUGAGGCUAUAAAAGUUAUAAAUCGUAAAAAUAUUUUACAGUUUAGUUUAAAUAAAACUAACUUGAAAACUU